CUAGUUUAUGGAGGCGAAAAAACUUUAUUCGGAUAAACAUUGCGAAAUCGGAAAUGACCACCAAGAUGAGAACAGUAACAUUUUGUAGACGGUUCUAAAAUAACUGACGUGAUCUCUUUUUUUUUUCAGUAGGAAAAAUCUGUGUUAGCUGUAAAGAUUGUUGAUUGUCUAACGUUAUAGAUCCAUACGAUUUUGUCGUUUUGUUUUGUUUCCAACAGCCGGACCACUACUCAUCACUUCCCGGUAAAUGAUAAUAACAUACUGACGGUGCUACCGAUUGAGCGAGCACAGCUUCAUAUAUGUUAUGUAAUGUUUAUGGUUUUAGUCAGGUUCAAUUUAAACAAUAUUUAUUUACCAAAUACUCAGGACAUGAAUGGGACUGUACAGCGGAAACGGUCUAUUUUAGCUCUCUCCCAAGGUUUUAUGGUAAAUCAUAUGCUGGGGUGACCAUGAAGCUAUCUUGCAAUUUGAAUUUUAUAUUUUUCAUUUUAGUUUUUGAAUUCAAAGCAUUUGCAACAACCUAUUACUGCAAAAACAAGGAGACUGUAAACAUAGAAGGCAUGGCCAAGGGGACAAUUCACACGGUUGCCUCCGGAGCCAGCAGCUACGACAACAAUGUUGACUGUUCCUGGAAAAUCAAUGCAGGAAGUGGAUACAAAUUACACUUCAGAAUUCUAUCCUCUAAUUUAGAGUAUACACCACCCUACACAUCUUGUUAUACAAGGGACAGUCUUUUUAUAUUAGAUGGGGACUCCUCAAGCUCGGACAUACUUGUGUCAAUGUGUGGGUACUUUAAUCCAUUUGAAGUGACCAGCAAGGGGCAGCAUGUGUACCUUAGAUUUUCCACGAAUGAUAAAAACUUUUAUGAAUAUUCAGGAAUUAGACUUCAAUUUCAAGUAUUUGAAAAUACAUCUUGCCCUCCGGACUGGAGAGAGUUAUCUCCCUCAGAAUGCUACAAAAUCAUGGCAAACCCAGGGGAUGGAUUGACUUGGUCUAAUGCCCAAGAGUACUGUGGAUACAGCUUGUCCAAUCUAAUCAUCAUCCUCACAGAGAAUGUUUUCACUGCCUUUCAAGCCUAUGCAGCCAACCUCUCGAUGAAUGAGCUGUGGAUUGGUUUAAAUGACAUAGAGACAGAAAAUUCCAUCAAAUGGAUUUCAGGAACAUCAAAUUACCCCAGUGACAAAUUGGAUACUUCAUCUGCAGCAGACACCAAGGAUUGUGUUGUACACGACACAAGGAUUCAGAGGUGGAGUUUUAAAUACUGUACCCGAGACAAAUUUCCCUUUGCCUGCCAAAGACUAAAAGUGGGAGAAACUGACCUUUUUAAGGUACCUGAAGCUGUUGACAAGGAAAAAAAAGAAGUAGAGCACAGUUUUCCCUGGGCGGUUUCCCUUGGAGCAGGAGGAGCCACAUUAGUUAUCAUUGUGAUACUUGUGUUUUGUGCCCGUAGAAAGGUCGAAAAGAGGAGACAUAAUGAUCACUUAGCCAAUCAGGCUGAAGUUGACAGAUUAACCAGGGAAAAUACAGAGAGGAAUCGAUGGACCAAUCAAAGGUCCCUAAACUCAGAGAAUCAACCAAUUUCCAUGGAGAUCAGAAUAGCUGGUCCCCCUCCUCCUCCAUAUGAAGAAUAUGUAACAAAACCUUCACUAUACUGAGUAGAAUGAUUAUAUAAGGCAAAAACAGAUUUGUCAUUGCUUUGCUCAAUGUAGUUUUUAGGUCACUUGAGUAAUUGCAAUUGGUCAUCGUCCGUUGUGUGUUAAAAAUUGGGCAUAUUGUAUUUAACUUCUUGAUACAUGUAACUACCAUUCCAAUUAUUUCAAAAUUUAGUAUGAAGUAUCUUUGAGACAAGAAGGAAUCAAAUUGUAAAUUUCAGGACCCCUGCACCCCUGGGGCCAUAAGGAAGGGGCAAAAACUGUCAAAAAUUGAUCAAUUUUCAAAAAGUCUUUUCUAGAAUGGCACAAAAACUAAAUGCAUAGUGAUGUAGAGUAGGAAGGCCUCUACCAAAAUUGUAAAUUUUGAUCCCAAUGGUAGAGGUUCUGACUCCAAGGCAGGGCCAACUUGAUAUAUAGUGUUUAUUUGUAAAACAUUUAAAUAACAGCUUUUGUAAUGCUUUUGAUACUAAAUUGAAAGAAAAUAGAAUUUUUUUUAGAUGGAGUAGGUAAUCCGUAACCAAAAUUGUAAAUUUCAUGAUCUCAGGGUUAAGGGAUUUGGUUCCAGGAUGGGGCCAAAAUUAUUACAAUGAUAAUUGUCUUUAUCAUUUGAAAGACUUAUUUAAACUAAAUGCAUAUUUAGGCUUAGCAAAAGCAGAAAAGGGUGUACCAAAUUUAUGAUUUUCGCAUCCCCAGGGUGUUGACUCAAGGAUGAGUCUAAGUUAGUCAUAUUAUAUUAAUGCUAUAUAUAUAUAUAUGUAUAUUAUAUUAUGUAAAGUCUUUCAUCAGUAUAUAGGCACUUUUGGGGCAGUUAUUGAGUUUUGAGAACACAUCUUGUUUUAUAUUGUUGCUGAACAUUAAAAUUUAGCUUAGAUAUUUAGAACAAGAAUUUUUUUCCAGAUUUCAUAGCCCUUGGGCCUAAAGUGAUACUUUUAAUACCCAGGUAACCAAUAAGGCCUACAGGCCUCUCAUUAUAUGCCUGUUAUAUAGACAGGUCAUAUUUUGGUAUGGCACAGUGCAUUUGUCCAUUACACAUCUGUCCAUAUGUGAGCAUCUCGUGGGUCAAAUGAAAACGUUACUUCUAAGCUAGGCUAAAAUCAUUGAACUUUGUACACGUUUCUAAUGAUAAGAGGAAGAAGGUCAAAGGUUAAAGUCAACCUCACAUAGGUAAUUUUAUUGACACAAAACAAAUUAGAAAUAAUACUAAUAAGGCUAGGAUAAUCAAACCUGAUAUACAGAUAUUCAACUAUUAUACAUUGUAGAUGUGCAUUUGUCUGUCUCUCUGUCAGUGUUUUGUGGGUCAGAUAAAAACAGGCUAGAUAGGGAUGGGAUGUAUAAUGGUAUGAAGCAGCAUGUCUGUUCAUCCACCAGCACCCUGUGGGAAGGAUAAUAUUAAGCUUACUGAUAAGGGUAGUCAAACCUGGUAAACAUAUUCCCAAUGGUGAUAGGAAGAUGUCCUGUUAUUUCUCAAGUUCAAAAUGAUUAUCAUGAAGAAAAAAGUACUAAUAAGCCUAAAACCAUCAAACUAGGAGUGCAUUUUCCCCCAUGGUGUUGAUGCCAAGUGUAUUUUGAAAAGUUACUUUAUUAGAAUGAAAUAUAUUUCUUCAAAUUGAUGUUUGAUAAAGUCUUCAUAUAACUAACAUUUUAUUGAUACUCUCGAUAUCAGAGAAAGUGUCAAAAGAACACUCAAAUGUGGCUGUUCAUUUUUCAUGUGAUUCCUGACGGCAUUUCUUAUUGUAUUGGGCAGGUACUUUUCGCAGUGUGUGCAUUGCACUUGUUUGUCUUUUGCAUUAGUAACUGACAUUUGCUGGUGUUAUUAUGGUUGUACAUUUUCAGAGUGUUUCUCAAUAAGGUUUAUUUUUUAUGCACCCACAGUCAGAGGGGACGUAUUAUGUUAUGGCACUGUCCGUGUGAACAUCAGAGGUAAUGUUUUCCAGACUUUUUUCUGUAACAGAUGCAUAUAUAGUGUUGAAAUUCGGUCACAAUUUCUCCCCCAAGAAGCACAAGAGUGAGUUUGCAUUUCAGCUGGAUUGGUGCUAUUUGGCCUAUUUUAGUGCUUAAAGUAGGUCAAACAGUUUUCCAGACAUUUUUUUGUUACAGAUAUUGCCCUGAAAUUUAGUCACAAGCUUCCUCUUGGAGGAAUAAAAGUGCAGAUUGCAUUUCAGCUAUAUUGGUGCACACACCAUAAUCUAUUCAGGGGGAAAAGUAGGUCAAACAAUUUUCUGGACUUUUUUGUUACAGAUACAGGUAUACCCUGAAAUAUAAUCACAACUUCCUCUUGGAGGAAUACAAGUUCACUUUGUAUUUCAGCUGGAUUGGUGCAGAGUGACCUACUUUAGGGCUAAAAGUAGGUCAAACAGUUUUCCGGAUUUUUUUCAUUAUGGAUACAAGUAUUGCCCUGAAAUGUAGUCAGAAUUUUCUUGGAGAAAUACAUCUUCAGUUUGCAUUUCAGCUUAUUUGGUGAACCGUGACCUACUUUAGGGCUAAAAGUAGGUCAAAUAGUUUCUUGGACUUUUUCUCAUUUUGGAUACAGAUAUUGCCUUGAAAUUUUGUCAUCACUGUGUGACGGGCGUAUGAUGAUCUGUUUACGGUACUCUGGUUUAAGCAUUAUCCUAUUGCUGAUCUGCUUGCUCUAGUGUUUUAAGGAAGGAGUAAAGAUCCUAAUCAGGAGACUUACUUUUUUAUGUUUUUAAGUCCUUUGUCACAACCAAUCUUUGAAAAGCAAAUUUUUAAGUUGUGUUUGUGUUAUACAGUUAAUUCUUGAAUUAUCGCCACUUUUUAUUGCCAUUUUCACUAUACCACCAUGUAGACGCUAUUGUCAAAACACUUUUCCUGCUGUAUAAAUAUCCCAUUAAAUUUGCAAACAAAUUUUUAUGUACAAGGGUAUGUUCAUUUUCCUACUGGUACUUCAGCAUAACUGUUUUUAGUCAUUUUUGUAUCAUAUACAACAAUGACAUUGGUCACAUUAAUGUUGAAUCUUUUUCCUCAGUGCCCAAGGUGAAGUUCAUAAUGUUUAUGUUCCUGCUCAUGCUUUCUCCGAUGAUCUCUGACCUCUGAAUUGGACACAUGACUGUCACUUGAAAUGGGCGAGUGACAAGUUGUUUGUAAACACCUAUUUAAAAUAAUUUUGGUUAACAGGUGAAAUGAUGUAUGACAUGUUGUAGAGCCUCAUAAAUAUGUAUGUGCAAAGAUUUAAUUGCGUUAAAUUGUUGAAAUUCGGACCGUACAACCUUUAAAAGAAAUCCUUUUGAUUUUUGGGUCAAAUAUAAGGUCAGCCAUGCAGUUAUAUGUUUUCAUGUUUUUUGUGAUACAACCUAGUCAUUUGUUUGUUAUACCUACCUUGUUUUAUUUUAUAACACAUGUAUAUUGUGUAUUUGAAUUUAGAUUCUCAUAUUUUAGUUUGGAUAUAUAUAUUGAAAGACUAUUUUGCUUUAGUGCCUUUCUAAUAUUUGUAUGUACACAUGCAUGUACUUGCGUUUAUACACAAACUUGCAUAAUGUUAACUGGUACAUUUUCUGUAUUCCCAUUUAGUAUUAAAUUAAUACUUUUGUACAAUAAAACACAUCAUUUAGUAUUAAAUUAAUACUUUUGUACAAUAAAACACAUCAUUUAGUAUUAAAUUAAUACUUUUGUACAAUAAAACACAUCAUUUGUGGUG